GCCUUCCGGGUUCGGCGGCAGGAGGAGCGGGGCGCCGCUGGCGCAGCAUGAGGCGGGUCACGCUGUUCGUUAACGGCAGUCCCCGGAACGGGAAGGUGGUGGCUGUAUAUGGCACGCUGUCGGAUUUGCUGUCUGUGGCGAGCAAUAAACUGGGGAUUAAAGCAACCAGUGUUUACAAUGGGAAAGGUGGACUCAUCGAUGAUAUCGCUUUGAUUAGAGAUGAUGAUGUUCUGUUUGUCUGUGAAGGGGAACCGUUCAUUGAUCCUCAGACUGAUGCGAGACCUCAUGAAGAGCUUACAGGGGCACACACAGACUGGUUAACACUCAAUGUUGGAGGUCGAUACUUCACCACGACACGGAGUACUUUGGUUAAUAAAGAACCUGACAGUAUGUUGGCCCACAUGUUUAAAGAUAAAGAUGCUUGGGGAAAUAAGCAAGAUCACAGAGGAGCAUUCCUAAUUGAUCGCAGCCCAGAGUAUUUUGAGCCUAUUUUGAACUAUUUGCGUCAUGGACAGCUCAUUGUCAAUGAUGGCAUCAAUCUGCUUGGUGUUUUGGAAGAAGCCAGGUUUUUUGGUAUCGAUUCAUUAAUUGAACAUCUAGAAAUAGCUAUUAAGAACUCACAGCCAGCAGAGGACCACUCUCCUAUAUCUCGAAAAGAGUUUGUGCGAUUCCUGCUGGCAACCCCAACCAAGUCUGAGCUGCGAUGUCAGGGUCUCAAUUUCAGUGGAGCAGAUCUUUCACGACUAGAUCUUCGAUAUAUCAACUUCAAGAUGGCUAACCUAAGCCGCUGCAACCUAGCACAUGCCAAUUUAUGUUGUGCAAAUCUUGAAAGAGCUGACCUUUCUGGAUCAGUGCUUGAUUGUGCAAACCUCCAAGGGGUGAAGAUGCUGUGUUCCAAUGCAGAAGGAGCAUCUCUAAAAGGGUGCAAUUUUGAAGACCCAUCUGGCAUUAAAGCUAAUUUGGAAGGUGCUAACCUGAAAGGUGUUGACAUGGAAGGCAGUCAAAUGACAGGAAUUAAUCUCAGAGUUGCAACACUGAAAAAUGCAAAACUAAAGAACUGUAAUCUUAGAGGAGCAACUUUGGCAGGAACUGAUUUGGAAAACUGUGAUCUUUCAGGUUGUGAUCUACAAGAAGCUAAUCUGAGGGGAUCUAAUGUAAAAGGAGCUAUUUUUGAAGAGAUGCUGACACCUUUGCACAUGUCUCAGAGCGUCAGAUAGGGAAGAGAAUAUGCUGAAGAGGAAGGAAUCAAAACGUGGUGACUUUAUUCAUGUCCUCCCCUUAUUAAGUUAAAAGUAUUGGUUAUUAGACAACAUAUAUUUGCAGUAGUGCCUAAGUAAGCUAUUAUUGCUUUUUGGGGAGGGAGCUUUAAUUGAAGAGGUAGAAAUAGGUAAAUAGAUACUGUUUCUACCUCUGAACAGAGUGAGGAAGUGAACUGGUUCUAGGAUCAGUGUGUGUGGCUUUUUGUUGACAAGCAUUGCCUCACUUUGGAAUUCAUUUUAAUUUAUAAAGCACAAUAUAUGCAAUUCUAUUUAUUAAAUCUGUAGCUGCAAUACGAAUAGAAAAUGUUAUUCAUGUAUAGUAGCAUCAAAGUUCAGGUUUACAGUUAGACUAACUGUAAAUACACUAGUUUCUUCAUUCAUGCACAGUACAUUAAAGGAUAUGUGGUUUAGAUAAUGUCCACAGGAUGUUUUCAGGUACUCUUCUGGGUUGAAAACAGUAGUUAACUGUCAUUAUAGGUAAUAUAUUGCCUUGUAGUAGUUAGCAUUCAGGUAUAGAACAGCUUUAUUAUCUUCUAAAAUGUGCUGUGGAAGCUGCUUCCACUGAAGGGAUCUGCACACACAGCAGAUUUGGUUAUAACAAAACCAUCCUUGUUCAAAACUGGGAUUGCUUAUUUAAUCUUUUCCAAAUUAGUAUACGACUGCACUAUCAAUUACAGCUGCUAAGGAAACAUUCUCUUGCUUUCAAAUGUGCUAUCCAUUCCCAACCUGGAGUACCUGUAGAUUUUCUUCAUUCUUGGUGGGGAAUUAAAAGUACAUAGGAAAAUCCAAUCCACCGUCACCAGAGAUGAGCACUGGGGCCACAGCACCCAUUCCUUUCUCCCCUGCCAUGCCUCCAGUAUAUGAAUAAAUGGCACUUGUUUCCCUUUCAUGUACUAUGCAAACUUGUACACUGCAUCCUUGACCGCAUGGGUGUAAUCCUUUCCCCAGCGAGAUGUCAGUAUACCACUUUGGGCCUGCUUAAAAGUGGCUGUGAAAGCCUCUUUGCAUGGGGUGGAGUGCCCUUUUCACAGCUGCUUUACAUGUGAGCAAAUAUGGAACUAUGUGACUUCUGCAGUGCAGAAAGCCUGACAGCAUUUCUUUAGGUGGUGGUGCACUUCAUCUUGUAAGCUGUUUCCACUGUAGUAUCAAGCUGAGUUCUCAUCUAACGUUUAUUUUAUACACAAUCAAAAAGCACACGAAGAAACUAUACCAAAAAAGGUGCAUCAAGAACUAUUACCUCAGAUGCUUCUUUAAAAUACCCCAAAGUUAAAACUAACAUUGAAUCUAGGGAAAUAGAGCUGUUACUAAAGUCCAGAACAGAUAUAUCCUAAAACUUACAGAACAUGAUCUGUCAGCAGUGCUUUGAGUUCCAAUUACUUCGGUGCGUUGCCUCUUACAUGCAGUGCAGAAUUUCCCAUCCUCUGAAGUCACAGUUAUCGUCUCAGUGGUUGCUAUGAAAAUGCUGCUUUGCCAUCAGUCUAGAAAGAUGAUUAGUUUAGGAACAGUUUAUGAUGUGUUUGGGGGAGAGGUGUUGGGUUUGAUGAUACUCAGGCAUAUCGUGUGAACUUCCGGGACUCAAAAUCCUACAGCCCUGUGGUUCAGAAUUGGGAUUUCUUUUCUGAAUUCCCUGGUCUCUUUAAUCUGGCUCUAGGAUAACACCCUAUCCUUGGUCAAAUACAUCCAUAGGGAAAUACUUCAUGAUUUUUUGGAGUCCUAUCUCCCACCUCAUCACUUCCACUGAGUGAUGUCUAUGUUGCAGAAGAAGAAGAUUCCUAGGGCUAGAGAAACAAAUGAAUUAUUUUUCUUUAUCAUAUUUUGUAGCUAGAAGUAAAAUAUUGUAUGGGAAAAUAUAUUUUCAUAAUCACUGUGUAUAAAAUAUAUUUGAACUUUCACUGAAGCACUAUGUUUUAAAUAUCACUGCAUGUGGCGUCAUUCAUUCGCAGAUGAAUUUAAGGUACCUCUUUUGCUAUGACAGAGCUGUAUGAAUAGCCUGAAGUGGCAUAUUCAGAACAUGCAGGUUCCAGCCUAAUUCAAAUUGCAUUAAUAAAAGUGGGAAAUACA